AUGGACAAGACUGUUGAGGAUCUGUUUAAGCAAUUAAAAGAGGCCUCCAAGACUGAGGAAGUGAAUAAAAAUGGGAACGGAACUGUGUCUUUAGAGGAGGAGGAUAUCUCAGAAAACAAGGAUGUCCUACAAUUGGAUGAUGAUUCAAAGGACACUGAGAAGGAAUUUGAGAAGAUUGAGAAGAAUUUGCGCCAGCUGCCAAAAUUACAAAACGAGUUUGAUCAAUUAAGUAAAGUAAGCAACAACGACGAGAAGAAACAUGAAGAUAUUCAAGGCAAAAAAGCAGUAAAACUAGAAAACAGGGAGAAGAGUGCAAGGUCGACUACUGAUUGGUUUACAAUGCCAAAAGUUGACUCUUACAAACGUGACCAAGUGCAAAGGGACUUGUUGCUGUUGAAACAUCGUUCUGCUUUAGAUCCUAAAAGACAUUAUAAGAAAGACAAAUGGAAAGUACCAGAUAGAUUCUCAGUAGGAACUAUAGUGGAGGAUAAGACAGAAUUCUUCAGUAGUAGAAUGACUAAUAAACAAAGAAAGUCCACUAUGUUGGAGACCUUGAUGGCUGAUGACGAUUCUAAUAAAUACUUCAAGAGAAAAUAUGCUGAAAUACAAGAUCGUAAAACAAGUGGUAAGAAAGGUCAUUAUAAAAAGAUAAAAGAAAUGAGAAAACGUAAGUGA